AUGGAAUCGAACCAUGCACCUCCUGCUUUCCGGGCAGACGGGAACACUUCGGUCGUAACACCAGUUCAAGCCUAUUCAUCAACGUCGAACAGUUGUCAGCAAUCAGGUACAAUCAAUUCAAACUUGCAAUUUUGUGCUGGUGUUACUACCGGUGGUAAAGACACAUGUCAAGGUAAUAGUGGUAGUCCAUUGAUGACUUGUGUUAAUAACUGCUGGGUCUUAGCAGGAACAACAUCAGUCGGUAUUGGAUGUGCUCAAGCAGGAUAUCCAGGUAUAUCUGAACAAACGUCCACCUAUGCUUCUUUUAUUCAGUCGACUGCAAAUAUUUCAGUAAUAAACAAUGUCGGCCAAUCGAACUCAUCAUCGAAUCAUGCAAAUGUGUUGAGCAACUUGAUGACGAUGGUAUCAGUGGGCUUCUCAUUCCUGGCAUUCAUUUUUUUCUAAAACAAAAUAUUAGAAAGCCUUUUCUACUCUAUCACAAAUUUUCAUUCUAUUUCGACUCUUACUGGCUUAUUUGCUUCUAGAUAUUUUUUGAAUAAAUGUUUUUUUUUCAUCUUAUCGUCAAACACUCAACUCUUACCUUCAAAUCAGUAGACAUGUUACAGUCAGAAAUUCGCAUUUUACAGCAGAAUAUUUUAGUUUUAGUAAGUUUCAAAAAUUUAUAUUUUUAUUCAUUUAAAUGUAUCUAAUUGGUCUUGCUUCAGAAUCACGAAUAUUGUAAUCGAUCAUUUUCUAGAUGCUGAUUUGUAAAACUUGGCUCUAUUUUCAUGAAACAUAUUGAUAAAGUUUAUUUCGUUCACAUGUGAUUGUUUUUCUCUUUCUCAAUAGGACGUUGCCUAUGUUUCUCGAUUCAAGUCAAGAAUCUAAUACCACUCGAAAACAACAACGAAGGCCAGCUAUCAUUAUGUGCUAAUACGAUGAAUUUUCAUAUUUAAUACCACAAGAAAAUUUUCAUAUAAUAAAUCCAUCCCUAGUCAAAACAAAAAUACUGUUUUAGCAGAAUAGAUGAUAGGUUCUUUGACAAAUAGGAAAUUUAGUUACGAUUGAGAGCUUAACGAUGAUAUAAGACAGUGCAAAUCAAAGUAUAAGCAGAACAAGAAUAUACAGUGGCUCCCAAAAUUAUCCAACAAGCAGUCGCAUGUUUUUUUCUCGCUUUAUAUCUCGGACAUAACAAA